AUGUUAACAAAUGUUUUCUUAGCUAUUGUUGGCAAAGUCGGUAAAAUAUCUAAAGACGUGAAAAAGAUCCAUCAGAAUCAGGAGCGUCAUGUUCGAAAUGAAAUCCUUGAAUGGCUCACGCCAGUUAACUAUGAUGCGCAGCACCAUGAGCAUCUAAGCCAAAGAAGCCCAGGAUCUGGAAAACGGACUUUUGAAGACAAAAAUUUCCAACAAUUCCUAAACGGAGAUGAGAAGACUCUGCUAUGCACAGGAAACCCAGGGGCUGGGAAAACAAUCCUCACAUCCGCUGUUAUUGAACAUCUCCAGCAUUGGCAGUCCAGUGAUGAUGCAUUAGGCGAUGAAAAAAAAGUGAGGUUGGCAAUCAUUUAUUUUGAUUACAUCAGGAAAGAGAGCCAACGAACCAUCGACAUCCUUGCCAGUCUUGUGAAGCAGCUGGUCCGAGACGAGCCUUCUCUACCAGCUGUUAUCGAAAAUCUCCAAGACAAAUAUAGGAGAAUACCGGCUGCUUCGCGUUCAGACAAAGAUAUUUCAGAGUUCUCCAAAGUCCUUAAACACCUGAUAAGCGACAAAUCUAAAAAAGUGUUCAUCGUCAUCGACGCGUUGGAUGAAUGCGAGAAUACCGAUGAUUUCCUACUAGAAAUAUUCACAAUACUGCAGGAUACAGAAGCAAAACUUUUUGCCACUACACGGCCAAGUGAGAGUGUUGAAAAGAGGUUUAAAAACGGACUGUUCCUUGAAAUUUCUGCGGAUAGUGAAGAUGUGCAAGAUUAUAUUCGAGGCCGUCUAUCAGAGUUUAAAGUUCUGAGCGAUGAAAAUCUCGAUAUACGUGAUGAGAUCAAGACAUAUCUCAAACGAGAAAUUAUAGCGAAAAUAAGCAACGCCAUUGAUGGAAUCUUCCUCCUUGCAAAAUUCCAUGUGGACUCACUCCGAGCAAUGACAACGUCUAAACAGAUCAUCAAAACGCUCAAGAUCCUUCCCAGGGGGCCGCUUGCAUAUCAGCAAGCAUAUGAAAAAACCAUUAAUCGAAUUCGCAGUCAACAACGUGAACAUCAACAGCUAGCACGACGUGUUCUCCAAUGGCUCGCUUGUGCUACGAGAGAAAUCACAGCCCUGGAGCUUCGUCACGCUUUGGCAAUUAGAAGCGGCAGCACUUCAUUGGCCGAUGAAGAAGAAUUCGAAAGUUCAAACGUCAUAAUUGAAGUUUGCCAGGGGUUAGUGAUGAUCGAGAAGGAAAGCGGCGUCAUUAGACUGUUGCAUCAUACAGCUCUCGAAUACUUGCAUCAAAAUAUGACGUGCUUAUGGAGCUUAGAAGGCUCGGAGACUAUG